UAGCUGCAGAAUGCUUGUCGCUAACUUCCAGGUAUAGUCCACUGCCACAACAAAAAUAUUUUGAGACCUACUCCAAAGCCGACAUGGCGACAUGUCCCGUAGCAAUGCAGGAAGAGAUGGUCCACAGAUUCAAUCGCCUUUGCAAUUUGCAUAACUUAAACCCACUACUUUGCUUGCAUUAAACAUGCAUUAUAUGACAAGGACCAUUGCAAGCAUGCCACUUUGAGUUGAACUUUUGUUCUCCAUAGCAUUUUCCAAGGCCAACACAUUCUCCAUUCACAGUAGUUGAGUCAUUAGCAACUUGUAACCCUCCAUCUGCCUUGUGCUGUCAUAACAAAAAUUCUGCCAUGUCAGGAUCAUCACAGGUUCUAGUUUCUCAAAUUAUAAUUAACACUUCCAUUUUCCAAUAAAAAGAUUCCUUUGUUUGGCUAUCUUAUUACACCCUUUGUACCUAAAACAAUGACAGGUUUAGAGUAGAUGACAAAUCAUCUCAUCCCGUAAAUUUUCAAACAGAAUUCACGUAUGUGCUAACUACAUGUAGAAAGCAUUUGAAGUCACAUUUUUCAGUUAACAGUUAUUAUUGAGAUGAUUUAAAGCAAGCUAAAGAAAAUCAACUUGACUCGUGCAAUAACAAUACCAAAGUUAAGGCUGUUAGUUUGAGGGGUAUUUUUGAGCCAAAAACAAAGGUUAGGGGUAUUUUUAGAUCAAACAGUGGAAUGAGGGUAUUUGUGAAUCAUUUUCCAUGCGUUAGGGGAUAUUUUGGCCCUUUUCAAUAAACUGUAGUUUUUUUUAUUACUUUUCUUAGAGUUGUGGCUUGGUGAAAAGAGAGAGAGGCCUUGAUAGAGUCCUCCACCUAAUGAUACAAGGUAGAGUUAUAACUUAUAACCACGGACAAUAUAAUAUUUGCGAAGUAAAACAAAUUUUCCCUGGAUCAUCAUUUUUAAACAUCUUUUAGAUACCUAUAUUAAUGAAUUGAUCUAUAAUAUUUGUUCCGUAAUUUCUAAAAUAUGUAGUAACUUUUAUCUCAAGAAAAUUAAGAAUUUAGUAUCAGAAUUCACAUAGUUUUUUCCCACGAAGAGAGUAAAGCUUAAGAAAACAGCAAUACUGGAAAAAAAAAGAAAAAGAAACAGUAUGGUGAUUAAACAAGGAUAUAUUUAUGUGUAUGUAUGACUGAAAAAAGAAUGUGAUGAUAGAUGAUUAACUUGGGAGAUUAUAGGACCUAAACAGAGAUAAUGCAUGAACUAUUAGUGGGAGUUACUAUAGCUUGACCGUGUUAUAUAGCAUAUGGUGCAAACUUUAUUUUUUUUAAACUGAACAUUAUUCAAAAAGUAGUUAAAAUCUUCAAUGAGAUGUCUUAUAACGUGUCCGAAUAACCGUUGGUCAAGCAACACUUCAUUUUUUUGUCAACCAUUUUUCUAUAGCAUCCGUUUGCUUGCUGAAAUAUCGGAGCUUUCUUGAUUGAAACAUAUGCUUGUUUUUUUCCCAACAAAAUAUGCCAUUAUUAUCCAAUUUUCCUACAUUUUCUGGCAAACGGUUCCAUCACAUUGCAUUCUUGUUGCUUAUGGGUUUUCUUCUCUCUUCUAAAACUCAACUCCAUUGUUCGCUUCCUUCUUCUCUACCUUUAUCAAGAUUCAGUAAAUAUGUCAUCCAAAAAGUUGCAAGGAGCUGAAUUGUCUCUGUCAUGUGCAGAGCAGCAAGCUAAGAUCAAUGAGGUUAGAAAGCUGAUUGGUCCUGCUGUUGACAAGUUUCCAGCAAUGUGUUCGGACGCAUCAGUUCUAAGGUUUCUCAGGGCACGGAAUUGGCAUACAAAAAGGACAGCCAAGAUGCUAAAAGAAACUCUCAUAUGGAGACUUGAAAACAAACCAGAGAUGAUCCGCUGGGAUGAUAUUGCUCAACAAGCAGAAAAUGGAAAAGUUUACAAAGCCAACUACUUUGAUAAGCAUGGAAGGACAGUGCUUGUCAUGAGGCCUGGAAUACAGAAUCCUUACUCAGUAGAGAAGCAAAUGAGAUAUUUAGUCUAUUGCAUGGAGAAUGCCAUACUGGAUUUAAAACUGGGCCAGGAGCGAAUGGUUUGGUUAAUCGACUUUGAAGGGUGGAACAUGUCAAGCAUAUCAGUGAAGGUGACUAGGGAAACAGCACGUGUUCUGCAAGAUCGUUAUCCGGAGAGGCUAGGCCUUGCAAUCCUUUAUAAUCCACCAAAAAUUUUCGAGUCCUUCUGGAUCUUGGUAAAACCAUUUCUUGAGAAGAGGACAUACAAGAAAGUGAAGUUUGUCUAUCCAAAUGAUGUACAUACUCAAAAAGUAAUGGAAGAUCUGUUUGAUAUGGACAAGCUUGAGUCCUCGUUCGGGGGGAAAUGCACACAAGGUUUUGACUACGUCGCUUACUCCAAACGCAUGAGAGAGGGGGACAAGACAAUGUCUGAUUUUGUUAAAUCUGGUGCUCCAUUGCCUUCUGACCAAAAUGUGACAGCUGAAAUACGCGAAUCCUCAGCACCAGACAAUAGUUUCGAGUUGUCGGAGGAUGGAAUAUCGUCUACUGAUGAAACAACGUCGAAUUUGGAAAGUUCAGACGAGACUGAAGAUCUGCAGAUGAGUUGUAACAACGAGAUCAAAGUUGAUCCAAAUGCUUCAAAACAGAUAAAACAAAGCGAGUAGACAUGAGAAGCAGCUACUUGUUUCUCUCUUUUUUUCCUUUGGUCUUUCAUUAUUCUUCAUGAUAACUUUGUUUAGUACUACUUAAUAUGCAAAUUAUUGUAACAAUAUGCAAUUAUAUCACAGCUAACAACUACUUCCCCCUGAAAUGUAUAUUGCUGGUCUAUCAUUUGAAGAUGUUCUAAUUAGUUGUAGUUUUUGGCACAUUAAUAGUUGUAGUAAUA